UUCAACAAAAAAAAGAAAUGUUUAUUGUUGUUGUUGUUGUUGUUUUUGUGGCUGUUUUGUUGGCCAAUUAUGCAAAUUAUGGAAACAUGAUUAAUGCAUAUACAAGUCAUGGCCAACAGCAACAACAAAGUCGACAACUACUCAAUCCAUUCAUUAUUAUGAUUAUAAAUUUUUAUACCUAUUGUUAAUUUUCAACAAAUGUUGUCCAACAAUUAUCGUUUAAAAGAAAAUUGGCUAUAAAAAAUAUGUUGGAGCCACAAAAUUCAAUCGAUGAAAAUGAUGUAAUUGUUAACAAACAAAAAUAUCUAUCAUUGGCCGAAAAGAUACGUCAACGAUCUAGCCAACAUGCUUAUGAGAAAUAUGAUCGAUUCUUUUCAGUGGAAUUUUUUCCCGCACGUACGCCUAAAGGUGCUUUGAAUUGGAUUCGACUUGUCGAACAAUAUGCUGAUGGUGAUCCAUUAUAUUGUGAUAUAACAUGGCAUGUUGCCGGUAAUCCUGGUUUGGAUUCACCAACGUCUUCACUAACGAUGGCCAAUGUAGCACUUAAUUAUUGUCAAUUGGAGACAAUGUUACACAUAACAUGUAUCGGAUUAACAUGUGAACAACUUGGCAAACAUUUGGAACGUGCCAAAAAUUAUGGUAUUCGUAACAUAUUGGCCUUAAGAGGGGAUCGACAUGAGGAUUAUGACAUCAAUGAUUUUCAAUAUGCAGCUGAUCUUGUUCGAUUUAUUCGUCAUCAUUAUGGACAAUUUUUUACCGUCGUUGUUGCUGGUUAUCCGAUACCACAUCCUGAAUCACGUGAUAAACAUCAUGAUCGUCAAUGUUUGAAGAAAAAAUUGGAUGCAGGUGCAGAUUAUAUUAUUACACAGUUAUUUUUUCGUUGUGAAGAUUAUGUUCGAUUUGUAGAGGAAUGUCACGCAAUCGGUAUCACAGUGCCGAUCAUUCCGGGUAUCUGUGCUAUUAAUAGCUAUGAAUCAAUGCUGAAAUUUGCUGAGUUAUCAGCUGUUCCAAUACCACCGGAAUUAUUACGUCGAUUAGAGCCAGUACGAUCUGAUCAACAAGCUGUACAAGAAUUGGGCAUCCAUUAUCUAACCGAUCUUUGUCGACAACUAUUGGCCACAAAUCUUUUUCCGGGCAUUCAUUUCUACACAUUGAAUCAAUCUUCCAUUAUGAAAGUGAUCAAAAAUUGUGGUUUAUGGCGAAAAUAUUCAAUCAUACGGCCCUUACCAUGGCGACAGGCUUGUAAUUAUCAACGUAUCGAUGAAUCCAUUCGUCCGAUUUUCUGGGCAAAUCGCCCAAAAAGUUAUAUUCACCGAACAAGACAAUGGACCGAAUUUCCCACGACCUGUUGGUUGGUAAAUUUUUCUAUGGAUCUUGAUCCAUGUUUGGUAAAUUUUCCAUCAUACUUGAAUUCAAAUUUAUCCGCCGAUGCAAAGAAAUGUCUAUCAGAGUGUGAAAGCAUCGAACAGAUUUACAUUCUUUUUAAUCACUAUUAUUCACUGAUGAAUUGGUCGACAUCUAAUCAUGAUAAGAACAAUAAUGAUUUUGUAAAUGGUGGAAAAUCGCAACUAUCAUUACCAUGGAUAGAUAAAAUUGAUGGCCAGCAUAUCGAGUCAUUAUAUCGACAAUAUGGCCAGUACAUAUCGAAAGGUUUAAUGGUUACUAAUUAUCUGCCUGCCAUAAAUGGACAAUGUAACGAUUAUAGUAUUGAUAGUAUGAUCCCGUGGUCCUAUGGACACCAAGCAAAUGGAUACAUUUAUCAAAAGGAAUACAUUGAAUUUUUCAUCCAUAUCGGUCAUUUAUCUUUUUUACAAUCAUUGCUACUGGAUAUAGAUCAUGAUGAGAUUAGUUUUAUGUUAUGUAAUCGAGAUGCAAGUAUCCGAUUAACAAAUUGGUCAUCAUCGGCGGAACAAUUUCCACUUGUGAUUACAUGGAUAAAAUUCAUUAACCAAUUACGACCGGUUUAUAUAGCCGACAUAAAAACAUUUGAUGUAUGGCUUAAUGAAACCUAUUCACUGUUGGAUACAUUGAUCAAUGAGACACCAACGAUAACUACAACAAGUGAUAUGGAUCAAAAAAAUAUUAGCAGCAAAGUGUUGGCACAUGUUCGAAAUGAAUUCAUUCUAGUCUGUUUGAUUGAUAAUCGAUUUGGCCAUUCAUCAUCAUCGUCAUUUAGCCAGAUAUUCGCCCACCUUUUUUCAAGUGACUAA